AUGAUGAGGAUGUUACACGGUCUAUCGUCAGAAGGUAAAUUGUUCCACUUCCCCCAAUGGCUUCAGAAGGAACAGUCCAUGGUGUGGCUUCCUGUGUUGUGGCUGGUAGCUGCGGAGACUGCUAAGCAUCAGGCCAAAUGUAACAUCUGCAAGGAGUAUCCUAUCAUUGGGUUCAGAUACCGCUGCCUGAAAUGCUUCAACUUCGACAUGUGCCAGAAAUGCUUCUUCAGCGGCAGGAAGGCCAAGAAUCAUAAAUUAACCCAUCCGAUGCAAGAAUACUGCACUGCGACAACUUCAGGCGAAGAUGUCCGCGACUUCACACGCGCCCUGCGCAACAAGUUCAAGUCGGCGCGGUACUUCAAGAAACAUCCCAGAGUUGGUUAUUUACCGGUCCAGACUGUUUUAGAAGGUGACGCCCUUGAAUCGCCGGCGCCGUCGCCGCAGCACGGCGCGGGCGCAGGCGGCGGCGCGGCGGACGACAUGCACUCGCGGCUGGAGCUGUACGCCACCCGGCUCGCGCAGGUCGAGAGGCAGGCGAGGCCUACUGACACCCCGGAUAGUGAUGAAGAACAUCAGCUUAUCGCCCAGUACUGCAUGUCUCUGAACGGCAGCGGUGGUGGAGAAGCCGAGGAAGCCCCUCGGUCUCCCGUCCAAGUUGUGUCCAUCAUACAUCGCGAACAACGACACGAAUUGGAGGCUAUGAUCAGGGAAUUGGAAGAAGAGAAUGCCAGUCUCCAAGCGGAGUAUGAGCGUUUGAAGGCUAAGCAAACCCCGGGUUCGACACCAGAGGAACAACUCAAUGUCAAUGAGAACAGGAAUGCUCCUGUUGAUCAAGACAUGAUGGCCGAAGCUCGUCUCCUUCGCCAACACAAGGGCCGCCUGGAGGCCCGCAUGCAGAUCCUGGAGGAACACAAUCGGCAGCUCGAAGCUCAGUUACAGCGGCUGAGGAGGCUGCUGGACGAGCCGUCGCAGGGCUCCCCGCCCGCGCGCACGGGCACGCUGCAGACGCGCUCGGUGACGGCGUCCCAGCUCGCCACCGACUCGCCGGCCAAAAUGCACAACGGGUUGUAUCACGAAUCGCAAACCAAUGGCGGCGGUCGCUGGGCGGGCGAGCGUGAGCCGGAGCGUCCCCCGCCGCCGCCGCACGCCGUACACUCGCUCAUGCACUGCGCAGAUGACCUAGGCCGCGCCGUAGAAGAGCUAGUGUCAGUUAUGACGGAAGAUAACCAGCAGCCGUCGAAUGCGCCGCCGCAGUACACCAAUGGGAAGCCAGCUAACAACGAAUAG